GAAUGAAAUGUAAUAUGGCGACGAUGCCAUGAGAGCAGCCCUAUAUGUAUGUUGCCUGUACUACAUUACCGUGGCGACGUAAUGACCAAGAAAUCGUAGGUGGCGAUACUGUCUAAUUGGUCGCAGUGAUGAUAGAUCCGUAGGUCGAGUCGAAGUGAAUUAGUAAGCGUAAUACGUAAUAUCUGCUGUGGAAAACGUUCCAUCAUCCAAAUUAAGUUUGGUGAACAAUGGAUCAGUACCCGCAUGCUGAACCACUAGAGAUCCCAGAAGAGGCUCUUAAACUAACAUUAGAGAAUGAAGAACCAGCAGGAUUAGGACAAAGCAUAUAUAAAACAAUGCAAAGAUCACCAUUUCUUAUAGCUGGUAUACUAGGUUUUGGUGCAGUAUGUGGCAUAGGUGCCUACAAGUGGAAGACUAGAACUAUUAAACCUUCCUUGUUCUUCAUACAAUUAAGAGUUGCAGCUCAAUCUACUGCAUUAGGAUUUAUAACUCUAGGAAUGGUGUAUCAGAUGUAUAAAGAUUAUGCUAGUAAACAGAAACCUACCUGAUGAUAUUUGUCAUUACUUAUUAGUGAACAAAAGUAAGAUAUUAUAAUAUUGAAAAUGAACAAAUUAUGAUUAAUUUAGAUUUUUACAGUAGAAACUAUAAGCAUUGUACAGGAAUAUAAAAUCUGUAAUUUUUGUGAUCUAUGUCAAGUAACUCUAUAAGAAAAACACCAUCAAUAGUAUUUGAUUUUAUGCAAUAAUAUUUUAAUAUUCUCUCAAA